AUGGCGAAUGGCGCCAUCCAAGGGUUUUACUCUCUUUUCAAAGCGAUCCGGUUGGCGGCGAGGGCCAAGUCCAAGGUGCGAAAUGUCAUGGUGGGAAUUUUGCUGCCCAGGAGAGGAAAGAGCUCUGGAGAGAAGGAGCCCGGGAGCCCAAGCAAAGACUUCACCGACCAGCCAGACCAUUGGCCCAAGCGCGAUGUGACAUGCAGAGGCAAUUGGGAAGGAUCUGCCACAGGUCGGCGUGUGUUAUUCUCUCGCCUUGGUACAAAAGUCCAAAAUCAGACGAUCGUCUUGCGCAUCGCAAGAGCAGGGACCAACAAUAAGUACUUCAGCCCCCCGGCGACUCCGAAAUGA